UUCCCCAAGGGUUGCAACCGACCGACAAUGAACCCAUCAGGAUCGAGGCGGCGACGACACUUGUUCGGCAAAAUUGGCGACAACGAUAAGAAACUUUCCCACCACUUACGUGCCAGAGCGGUGAAUAAUUGAGGAUUGCAAACCGUAUACGUACCUCCUGUGCUAGAUCUACAUACCGGAUAGAAGGCGGGCGAGUGAAGAGCUCUGAGGGACCGAUAAACUGUCGCAGUCGAUAGAAUCAGAUUUGACGCCGGUUUACCGGUUGUCUCUUUUGGCGAAUUGCAACAAGUGGGUACAAGUGUGCACCAGGGAGUUGUGCACCGAUGAAGGGGUGUGUGAGGGUAGAUUUUGAGUGCCGGGUUAAUAAGAGGCUAGUCCAUUUAGCGAUGAUGGCUCAUUUGCGGCGAAUCGAUAGGGGCGAUAGCAUCUGAACGCGGUGUACGCUACCUGCGGAAUAGGAACGGAACUGUGAUCUUGCGCGAGGAGGAGUGUUUUAGUCUUAGUCUAGUGCUAGUCGAAGGUCAACGGAAGAGCUAUGAAGAGCGUGAACUGGGUGUACACUACAGUGGGGCUGUUGGCGGGGGUUUUGCUAGUCAGUGGAAAUCCGUUGUUCUGGGAAAGCCAUAAACCUGCGGUGGUGGUGAGCAAGCUGGAUAUCACGGACUCUACUAUCGAUAGUGAUCGGAUUAGUACAUUGGUGGAUAACGACGCAGAAGAGCAAACUACGGGUGAAGUUAACGAUGCUGACGUGGCCGAAAAUGAGGUUGACAAUGGAAAGCGAGGGAUGUCUACCACGGAGAGCAGGAAAACAACGGAUGAAAGUGAGUCAGAAGCUAGCGGCGAAGACAAUUCGACGCAAACAGAAGACUCCACGGUGACGGAAACAGAAAAUCAGACAGUCGCUCCAAGCUCAACUCCAGGAGACUCCGAGACAACAGGAGAAGAAGAAGUCAGCUCAACGCUGACUACUCAGUCAGCUGCAGCAUCGACAACUAACGCCGCAACGGAUUCAACAGCCGAAGAAACGGAAGUUGUAUCCGGCUCGACAGCAACAAACACCGAAUCGUCACCAGAAUCAACAGUAACGGGAGAACUUACGGAAACAGUGGAUAUUACUACUUCGACUCCAACGGAGCCCUCCACAGCGUCCACGAACACUGAACCUGGUGCAGAGUCUACCGAGACCUCGCUGCAAACGGAAACCGAUUCAUCUAUGGUGACAACCACAGGAUCUACAUCUGUGGAAACAGAAUCCACACAAGGGGAAAUUGCAUCCACUGAAAUAACAACCUCAACGACUGAAAGUGCUUCGACAGAGACGGAAACCGAGUCUACUAAUACCGAACCAGCAACUCAGUCAACUGAAGAGACAACUGUAGUAACAACAGAAGCAUCUGUUACGCGAACAACUCAGACCGAAACUGAACGCCCAGAAACCGAAUCUACUGAAUCUACAGUUACUGAAAGUAAUUCAUCGGCAGUUGUAACUGAAUCAACAGAAACAACCGACUCGGCUACCUCUGAAUCCACCGAGGGUACAACUCAGACUGAAUCCGAGCCCACUGAACCUGCGGAUACCACUUCGACAGAACCUCAAUCAACGCAAACCACGGAAUCCACGGAAACAACCGACACAGCUACCUCCGAGUCCACCGAUGGUACAACUCAGACUGAAACAGAGACUACUGAACCUGCUGUGGCAACUACAGAUACUACCACGACAGAACACCAUUCGACUCAAACCGCGGAAUCUACGGACACAACAGUCUCUGUAACAGUCACUGAAACAACUGAAACAGAAACCACAGUGACGGAAACGGAAUCUACCGGUGCUACGGAUACCACCCAAACUCAAACGGAGACCACAAAUGCAGAAACCACCUCAGCGACGGUUACCGAAUCCGGUAGCACGCAAACGGAAUCCACGGAACCUGCGGCAACAGAAUCCACCGUGACGGAAACAGAAUCCACGGCUUCUACCCAAACCGUAACCACGCCUGAGGCGUCGGAAACCACGCAAACCGAAACCGAUCCCACGGAACCUGCAACGGUGACAACGGAAUCCGGUUCGACCGAAACUGAAUCUCCUUCAACAGAAUCCACGGUGCCAAGCACUACGGAAACCACAUCCACGGAAGCGGAAACCACUGAAACCGAAGAGGUUACGACCGAAACAACGGAAGCCCCGGAAACUGAAUCCACCGUGACCAAGGAGGUCACAACAGAUCCGACCACCACCACCACUGAAACAGGAUCUACUGUGACGAACGCUGCAACUACCGAAUCCAGCACGGAAACUCCGUCUACGGUAACCGAGUCCACAGCGACUGAAGAAGCUUCGGAAACCACCGACGACGGGACAACGCAAACCGAGUCGUCGACUAGCGCCACAGAUCCCGAAACGGAGACUACCGCAGCGUCCAGUGGUACGACUCAAACGGAGUCCACCGAAACCGAGACGUCGGAACACUCAACCGAAGUAACGGAAACGACCUUUUCGGGAGUCGCGAGCACAACAGCGGCCUCGACGAACACAACCACGGUGCCCUCGACUACGACGACGACAACAACAACAACAACCGUGGCGUCAACGACGACGACUACAACGACAACCACAGCUCCCGCGAGUACGGUAACUCCGGCUAGUUCGACGGCUACGACGACCCCCGCCCCAGAGGGAUCCACCGCUGCCUUCACCACACCCAUCAGUCUAAUUUGUCUGCUGAUAACCUCGACGGUGGGGCUCCUGCUGGGUCGUUGAAGUGGCUGCGCUCGACUACACAUGGGGCUCUGUAACUAGAUAACGGGAUAUAGAGAGGAUGAGAGGUGCACUCCACUUCGAUGGAGCCUAGAUUUUGUACGUCUGAUAGGAGCGUUUGGAGGUUUAGUAGCGUCGAUACUGUUGUUGACUGUCCGUAAGCCCUCGGCGAUUAUGUGAUUACGCGUAUAAUCUAUUUAGAAUCAGUUCGUACCUUUAUCAACAGUAUAAAUAUAGUUAAGAUUCGAUGUGCUAAAAGUGUUGCUGUCGUUCGAUGACUCACGGCGAGUCAUUUCUGGACAGACAGCGGGAACGUUGUUCAAUAAAUUAAGUUUGAUGUUA